ACAUGCAUCUCACAAAAUGACAACAAGAAUAGCUGUCAAGAAAAUGUUACGGAAUAUAUUUUUUUUUGCAAUAUUGCGUGUGGAUUUUGAUGACUGAAUCAUUUAAUGUUUAAACAACAAAUGUAGUCAUUUCCAACCCAGUUUGACAUUUCAUUUUACACUUUUUCUACAACACAUGUGGUGCUGCCAAGUUUUUUCAUCAUCAAAAUGCAAUUUCUAAAACCAAAUAGUGUGACAAGAAUAUUUAGAAAUUUCUACAAUUUCCACAAAAAAACCACUAUCUUCUACUCUACCAAAACAAAAAAUGACUCAAAUUCAAAUCCAAAAAAACUCCCACCAAAUAUUCCCGAUUUGCGAGAAUUUCUCAUUGUGAAUCGCGACUUAUCACUCAAAUCGAAUAAAUCAGCUCAAAUUAAUCCCGAUAUUCCAGGGUAUUUAGAAAAAUCCGACUUUUCUGGUCGUGAUCGAAAAGUCUUUUUCGAAGUUUACGGUUGUCAAAUGAAUGUCAGUGACACCGAAAUAGUAUGGGCAAUUUUAAAAGAAAAUCAAUAUCAAAAAUGUGAUGAUCCAAAAGAAGCUGAUGUUAUUUUGGUCAUUACAUGCGCUAUUCGCGAAGGUGCCGAACAAAAAAUCUGGCAUAGAUUAAAACAUCUUAAUGCAAUGAAGACCAAGAGAUCUAAGAAAAAAUCUCCUUUGCAAAUAGCAGUUCUCGGUUGCAUGGCAGAGAGAUUGAAAACUCAAUUGUUAGAGAAAGAUCAAUGGGUUGAUGUUGUUGCUGGCCCUGAUAGCUACAAAGACCUUCCAAGACUCUUAUCAUUAACCAGUCACUAUGGUCAAUCGGCUGUCAAUGUUAUUCUAUCAGCCGAUGAGACUUAUGCAGAUGUUAUGCCUGUGAGGCUAAACACCGAAGCGCCAACAUCAUUUGUCUCGAUUAUGCGUGGCUGUGAUAACAUGUGUACUUAUUGCAUUGUACCUUUUACGAGGGGUCGAGAGAGAUCAAGGCCGGUGGAUUCUAUUCUUGGAGAAAUCAAGAGUCUCGAAAAGAAUGGAAUCAAAGAGGUAACCUUGCUCGGACAAAAUGUAAACAGCUAUCGUGACCUUUCACAAUCUUCGGAAUUAGAAUCAGAAAACAAUUUAGUUCCGGGUUUCAAAACAGUUUAUAAACCAAAAAUAGGUGGAUUGCGUUUUGGUGAGUUGUUGCAACAAGUGGCGGAGGCAGUUCCUGAAGUACGAAUUCGUUUCACAUCGCCACAUCCAAAAGACUUUCCUGACAGUGUUCUUGAGGCCAUAAAGAAUUACCCAAAUAUAUGUGAAAAUAUUCAUAUACCAGCGCAAUCGGGAAAUUCGAAUGUUCUAGACCGAAUGCGUCGUGGAUAUACACGUGAAGCUUACAUAGACCUUGUAAAACACAUACGAUCCACACUUCCCAAUAUAGCCUUAUCAAGUGAUUUCAUUUGUGGGUUUUGUGGGGAAACUGAUGCUGAAUUCGAAGAUACAAUAACUUUGAUAGAACAAAUUAAAUAUAAUGUAGCAUAUGUGUUUGCUUAUAGUAUGCGAGAGAAAACAACAGCACAUCGGAGAUUUGUUGAUGAUGUUCCACAGGAAGUUAAAAUCGAACGAGUGCAAAGAAUGAUGAAUGCCUAUCGAAAGGGAGCAGCUGAAUUACAUUCUCGUAUGGUUGGUCAGAAUCAAUUGAUUUUGAUUGAAGCGAAAAGUAAACGUUCGGAUGCUGAAUGGUUUGGACGAAAUGAUGCAAAUAUCAAGGUUAUAAUCAAAGAUUGUGAUUUGCCAGUUAGUUCAUGCGGAGGUGAAGAUAAAAAGCCAAUAACAUCUGGGGAUUUUAUUGCUGUUAAAAUUGUUGAUUCAAAUUCGCAAGUUUUGAAAGGAAUUCCGUUGCAUCAUACAACGAUACAAAAAUAUCAUGAAAAUUUCAAAACAAAUCGAACUAGUAGUAGCGUUAAAUAAAAUAUUGAAAUGAGAAAACAUGA